AUGAUGCUACCUGGCAAGCCCAAUGGAGAAUAUACUACCGAAUCUGAUGGUGAAGGCAAUGCAGCAGAUGUGGAAAUGAUGUACGUACCAUCAUCCUCGAAGCAGCGAGCGGGGUUGCUACCUGUUUAUUCAAAUCUUCCUAACCAAUUGAUCAAUUUAAGGGCCAAUGAGACCAAGGGAUCUUUCAAUGGAAUGAGUGAUUGUGUCGUUACUAAAGGCACCAUUAAAGAUUUGGUAACAAGUAAGGAUAAUAGUGAUCUUACAAUUGUAAGCGAAUCUUCGACAUUCUCUAGUCUAAAUGAUAGGUUAGAAGAAAUGAGGUUAGAGGACAAAGAACAUACUAGUUCAGAACUCCAUAGAGCGAUGGAGCGCUACAGGUCUAUCACACCAUUUUUGCAUGGAGGACUUCCCCUCUUGAAAGUUUCCCAAAAGUCUCGAAAGAGAAUCUUACUUCAGGUUGAUCCCAGUGAAUUCAAAAUACAGUGGAAAAUAACCGCAAAAGCAUCUUCAUCUAAUGGAAUAUCAGGUUUUCAAAAGCUUUUGAACACAGCAUCCGCUCACAACAAUAAGGUCCACGAGUUACCGAUUACUUGCAUCAAGUGGGUCUCAUUACAGGCUGAUGCAACUAGCUACCGAGAAGAACUACACAUUUCCAAAGAGUUUGAAAACCAAUGGCUAACAAUUUGCUACUUGGACAUGAAAAAAGAUAAACUUAAGACUUUGCAUUUGAUUACAGACACAGAACGCGAUUUUAAACGACUCUCUGGCAUAAUAGACACCUUGAGGAGAGUGAGGGAAGCGUUGACAAACAACUUUCUACUUGGGGCCGACAACAUAACGGAAUUACGAGAAUCUCUUCUUUCCACUCCACAGCUGGAAGGACCAGUGAAAGAAGUGAGAGAGCUACUAUAUUUGGAAGACAUACUAAAGUAUUCGAGGAGACUAAAUAUCAACCUCGACGAAGCUUUUCUUAAAGACGUCUUCGACAACGUGAUAACGAGAGUAGCUACAAGCUCUGAGCCUAAGGGACUCAGCUUUGAAGGUUUUAAAGAAUUUGUUUCAAUUAUCAAGCGACGAGAUGACAUUUCACAUAUUUGGGAAGCAUGCUUUUCUUCUCUGUCAACAAUUGAUUUUGAUAAAUUUUGCACCUUCAUGAUAGAAAUACAGAAAGAGGAACACAAUGAAGAGCAUCUAAGAAAACUAUUUGUGCGUUUCAGUAAGAGGGAAGACAGGCUGAUUUGGACAAAAGAGAGCUUCAAUGCAUUUUUGCUUUCAAAAUAUUCAACAAUAUUCAAAAAUGAUUUCAGUGACGAUUACUUUGAUCAUCCCCUCAAUGACUAUUUCAUAUCCUCAUCACAUAACACCUAUCUCAUUGGAAGGCAAUUCGUCGGGGACUCUUCAAUUGAUGGUUAUAUAAGAGCUUUCCAACGUGGUUGCAAAUGUGUUGAGAUAGACAUCUGGGAUGGUAUGUCAAUUGAUGGCGAUCUAGACAACAAUGAAAGCGAAGGAAUUAAGGGCCCAAUUGUUAACCAUGGUCGCUCCUUCACGUCAUCGAUUUCCUUAAAGAACGUAUUACUGACUGUUAAAAAAUAUGCAUUUAGUUCGUCGAGCUGGCCCGUCAUAUUAAGCUUGGAAGUACACUGCAAUGCGGAGAAUCAGCUAAAAAUCAAGAAGUUGCUCAAGGAUAUCCUAGGCGAAUCGUUGGUCACCGACAUGCUAGACAAUGAUUGUGUGCUACCCAGUCCUCGCAAAUUGAGAAGCAAGAUACUUCUCAAGGUCAAGAGAACCAGUGCACGAACAUAUUCAGUUUCUCAGGAUGGCCAAAGUGCACUCUCAACUUCUACGACUAGUACAUCGUUCAGUGAAGAUAGUGGUGCUGCUCAAAGACGUGACUCUUUUUCAAUACGACGGAGGUCUGAACUGACAAAAAUUGUGACGGAGUUGAGUGAUCUUGCGAUCUAUAUUCAGGGUAUCAAAUUUCGGAAUUUUUCGCUUCCCGAGUCGAAGACGUUCAACCACUGUAUUUCACUCAGUGAAAAAAGCUUCAACUCGUUGUUGAGUGACGAAGAAAAGCGACUUUCACUUGCCAAGCAUAAUCGUAAAUUCUUGAUGAGAGUAUAUCCUUCGAAGAUGAGAAUUGGAUCAUCGAAUUUUAAUCCUAUAACUCAAUGGAACUAUGGAGUACAAAUGGUAGCCAGUAACUGGCAGACUUACGAUGUUGGCCAACAGAUUAAUGAAGCAUUGUUUCAGAGUUGUGGAGGAACUGGAUACGCUUUGAAACCCAAGUCUCUUAGGUCACCUCUCUCUAAGAAACGCAAACCAGAGUUGGUACAGCGACCCUUGAUGAGAUUUUCGUUGAAGAUCAUUAGCGCUCUUCAGCUACCUAAGAGUAAAGGAUCAAAUGCCGCAACCAACCCAUUCGUCUCCGUUGAAAUGCACGGCUGCUCAUUAAUUCAGUGGGAUGGUGAAAGCCAAGAGCCAAGUACACUGAUAAUUGCGGCUAAUGGCUUCAAUCCGAUUUGGAACGAGCAGUUUAGUUGUAUCAUGUCCGCAGAGAAUGAUUUAGCAUUUCUCAGAAUAGUCGUCAACUCUUCGCUGAGCGCAACAGGAAAGGAGGAUAUCCAGCCACUAGGAAUAAUAGUGCUUCGAGUCGGCUGUAUUAAAGAUGGCUAUCGAUAUUUACCUAUCAAUGAUCCUUUGGGCGAAGAACUAGUCUACUCCAAGUUAUUAGUGCGUAUAGACAAGGAUCACGAUAUAGGUAUUUGA